AUGCCGGGAACGGCUCUUUGUGGAGAUAGUGCCCCGUGUUCCACCGAAGCAUAUCGGUCCCCACGCAGUGGAGACACCGCGCGGCCGGGAGCUGCGGACUUUCUGUCCACCGGGAUCAGCCUGCGGCUUGGGACCCUCGUGCUAGCCCGCACCCGCCGCUGCCCUGGCCGGCCCGGCCCUCGUGGGCUCUCCCGGGAGUGGAGCGGGGCGGGCGCCAGCCCUGGAGGACGGUCUCCUCCGGCUCUUUUUCUGGACGGAGUGGACACCCAGGGCCUGCUCAACAGUGCUGGCUUUGCUGGAGCACCCGGGUUGUGGCGACCGCCCAGAGAAGCUCAGCGGCGGCUGCUGGCCGUCUACACCGGCGGCAGCAUCGGCAUGCAGAGCUCGGGUGGCUUGCUCGUCCCUGGGAGGGGUCUGGCUGCUGUCUUGAGGACACUGCCCAUGUUCCACGACGAGAAGCAGGCCUGGGCAUGUGGACUCCCCGAGGACACACUGGUGCUGCACCCCACCAGCCCCGAUCAGAGGGUCAUCUGCAGGGUGCUGGAGUGCCACCCCCUCUUUGACUCCAGUGACAUGACCAUCAAUGAGUGGGUUCAGAUAGCCCAGACCAUAGAGCGCCACUGCGAGCGCCAUGGCGGCUUCGCGGCCGUCCUUGGCAACGCCAUGGCCUUCGCCGCCUCGGUACUCUCCUUCCUGCUCGGAACCUUGCACGAGACUGCCACCCUCACCGGAGCCCAGGUGCCCAUCCAUACCUUGUGGAACGAUGGCUGUGACAACCUGCUGGGGGCUCUGCUCAUGGCCGCCCAGUACAUGAUCCCAGAGGUACCUGGCCCGGCCUCUGCAGGGUGUCUGUUCUUUCAGAAUCAGCUGUUUCAGGGCAACCAGGUGACCAAGGUGGAUGCCCAGAGGUUCGCGGCCUUCUGCUCCCUCAACCUGACCCCUCCUGCCACCCUGGGCGCUGAUGUCACAAUCAAUUGGGAGCUGGUGCGGAAGGUUGACAGGGAGGACUGGCUGGUGGUGCACAGCAGCACGGAGCAUGACGUGGGCCUGCUGCGCCUCUACCCUGGGAUCCCCGCCUCCCUGGGAGGGACCUUCCUGCAGCCCCCCCUGAAGCGCGUGGUCAUGGAGACCUUCGGCUUACGGAAUGGGCCCGCCAAGCCGGACCUGCUGCAGGAGCUGUGGGCAGCGGCAGAGUGCGGCCUGGUCAUUGUCAACCGCACCCACUGCCUUCAGGGGUCUGUGACCUCGGACUAUGCAGCCAGCAUGGCCAUGGUGGGAGCCGGCAUCGUCUCUGGCUUCGACAUGAUGUCGGAGGCUGCCCUGGCCAAGCUGUCAUACGUGCUAGGCUGGCCAGGGCUGAGCCCGGAUGACAGGAAGGAGGUGCUGCUGGCCAAGGACCUUCUGGGGGAGAUGACGCCACGCAUGGUGGAAAGCGCUGGUCCUGGCUGCAGCUGCAGGGUCACCUGGCUUCUCAGUUUGAGUGGCAGCCAACAGGCCAGUGCUGUGCACGACGCCCUGACACCCAGUCUGGCCUGUGCCGCGGCCCAUGCCGGUGACCGGGAGGCUCUGCAAGUGCUUGUGGAGCUGGGCAGCGACCUGAGCCUGGAGGACUUCAGUGGUCAAACCCUGCUGCACAUGGCCGCCCAGGGGGGCCACGCCAGGGUGGUCACCAUGCUGCUGCGGAGAGGUGUAGAUGUGAACGCCCGUGACAAGGAUGGCCUCAGCCCGCUGCUGCUGGCCAUGAGGGGCAGAUACUUGGGCAGGCAUCUGGGUGUCACUGGGCUGCUUUGGGCAGCCAGGGCCCGCUUGUGCCCCCAGGAGCUGGAGGACGCAGGGACGGAGCUGUGCGGGCUGGCAUCCAGGGCAGACAGCAAAGGCCUGCGGGCCUGGUGGCGCGGGGCCAACCUGGGGCAGCCGGGCUAUGAUGGGCGCCAUGCCCUGCACAUCGCAGAAGCAGCUGGGAACCUGGAAGUGGUGGCCCUCUGCAGAGUCUUGAGGGUGGGGUCAGUGCCCAAGCCCCAAGCCCCAGGCCCACAAGACAUCUCGGGCACUCACCCCCGGCUCUCUGACUGGAUGUGCCUCUACACUGGGACUGCCUCCAGUCUGUUUCACGACAAAGCUUAA